AAACUCCAAAUCGGAAACAAAUGGAAAAACUGUAAAAACGAUGGUAUAGGCGGCAGCGAUUACUUAAAGUGCAUCCGAAUGCGAAAAAACACUAGCAGUAGGUUACGGAAAAAAUGCAACGGAAGCAGCCGAUCGACCCGGCAUGCAGCACCGCCUUCGAGUCGGCGGAACACCCGCACCCGCACCAUGGUCUCAGCACAAAGAUAGCGCUUCGGCGACUGUACGAGGAGAUUGAAAAGGUGCUGUUAGAGCAUGAGCAGCAAUACGGCGCGGAAAGCUCCUAUCGGAAGUUGCGUGCUGCAUUCGUGAAGCGUUAUGACAGUCCUCUGGGCUGGCUGUCGAUUGGGACCAGUUUGCUGACAAGCGGAGCGCUGCUUAUCACUGGUAUGUUGUGGCCCGCGAUCUGUUUGCUGGCUAUCUUAUCGCUGGACUUCUUCGUGGUCAUCAGAGAGAAUAAUUUGCGGCGCACGGAGAUAUUCCGAAAGACGCGCUACGCUCUGGCGGAGCUGCAAUUGGCGGAGCAGCAUUUCAGCGACGACUGGCAGCCAACCAACUAUCCUCACCUGAGUAAUCCCAUGUCGCCCUGCGUAUCCUUGCAAUGGACCUAUCGUGAUGGCAUACUUGUCAACCUCCCUUGGGCUCUAUUGGUGCGCGGAGACUGCAUUGUGUUGCGACCUGGGCACAUAUCACCCGGCCCUUGUCAUGUGCUAGAAACAAACAAGUUCUUUGAUGCCAAUGAAAUCUACGGUGCGGCGCCCAUGGGAGAUCCUCCUGUUAAGCCAAUGGCGCGUCCCCCCUUGCCCAAUCUCGUUUGCUGCUUGGAGAGAACUCCGUACCUGGAAAAUUUAAGCAUUUGCCUAAAGACCUCCCUAAAGCGACCGCCAACAAUCUACAAUCAGCAGCGCUAUCUGCUGGUGACCAAGUACAUUCAACAGUGGGGCUUCAUCAGUGCCCUGAUCAUCACUCUCAUAUCGGGCUUGCUGCGCCUGCAUGGCUAUGGGCUGCCCACCGACGAGAAGCACAAUUGGCGCUUUGUGCUCGUCGAGUCGCCUGCUGCUGCCAUAAUUCCCCUGCUGCCUCUAAUCUUCCCGCUAAUGUGGAUAUCGAUGAAUCUUUGGGGCAUUGCCCGGCUGCAGAGCUUCCUAAAGACCCCGCAAGCUGCCAUUGAAAAGAGUCCAACAAAGUCGUUUGAAGAGGACCUGGACACUCCCUCCUAUGACUAUGAAAACAUAUCGAUGCUGCGUUCCAAUGUGCUCCGCAUCUGGAUGCAACUGUGGAAAGGGGACAGCGAGCUGCUGCCCCGUUCGGCUAAUUUGGUACAAGUACUGGGAUCCAUUUCGGCCCUCUGCUGUGUGGACAAAAAGGGUAUACUAUCGUGGCCCAAUCCCACUGCCGAGAAGGUCUUCUUCCUGCACAACACCGACGAAGACACCAAAGAUGACGGGGCGCGCAGCCAGGCUUCCACUCAAAGCGAAAGCGAUGACAUACCCAUUGUAGAUGAGGAUCACAAGGAGCGGGGCAUUGUGGCCGAGGUGUUGGACCUCACGCAUGACCAGCACUGUCCCUUUCGACUGGAGUUCGACGAUCAUGAGUGGAAGGCGCACAUCAAAUCCCUGAAACCGUUGGGUCUGGCCAUACUGCUAAACACCUGCUCGCCGCUGACCCAUGAGCACUAUGCCCAGUUCUGCGGACAUGUCACCGCUGUGGCGAUGCUCGACAAAGAUUUGGUGCCCGUGACAAACCGGUAUGCGUAUGCACUCAUUGAAUCCAGUAAAAGCUUUUUGCAUGGACGCUGCCUGUGCGAGCUGGCCAAGCAGAUUGGUUUCACCGAUCAUGCCACCGAUCGCUUUGCACUGGAGGGACAGCUGGCCAGCUAUCGGCAUUUGCAACCAGAUGUGGUGCGUCGGGAUAUACGCUUUGCGCGACAGCUGCAGCUUUCGUCCAAGGUGAAAGUUCCAUUUCCGCAUUCCCUGUCCGUGGUGAUGCGUGAGAAUCCGGGGGGCUAUCUGUCCCUCUUUACGCAGGGCACGGCGGAUAUUAUUCUGGACUGUUGUGACGAUUUCUGGGAUGGCCAAGACUUGCACCCGUUGUCGCCGCAAGAUCGCAAGCGAGCCCUGGACUUUUACCAGCGCAGCGCGCUGACCUCCUACUGCACAGCCUUCGCCUAUCGACCGCUACGGCAUGGAAUCCACGGAGCCUUGAGCGGCCCGCAGCAAAGCGGCGGCGAGUGUUUGUACCUUGAGCUGCCACCGGAGUCAAAAUUGCGCAUGCAACACGUAGACAAGUUGCACUGCGACUUCCAGGGCGGGCAUCAUGUGAAGCUAAGCCACAGCAUCAGCACGGACUCGCUGCUGUUCUCGGAGAACAAAGACGAGGAUUGCAACGAUGUGGAGGGCUGCUUCGAAAUGCAGUGCCACCAGGUAUUCAUCGGCAUGGUGACCAUGCAGUACCAGGCCCAGAACGACAUAGUGCGGCUGGUAGAGCGCCUGGAGCGGGCAUGCAUCCGCUUCGUCCACUUCAGCAAGGAGAACGAGCUCCGCUCUCGCGUCUUCUCCGAAAAGAUGGGCCUCGAAUCCGGCUGGAAUUGCCAUAUUUCGCUGCUCAGCGAACCGGAGCCGGAGAGUGAGAAAGAGAAGACUACUGCUACUGCAGCAGUCACCUCCCGAGGCAUUUCGCCCAAAAACGCUGGUAAAAAUCAAGCCACCUCAGAACCUGCCACCACUGAUACCACAGCUGAUUGCGUGGGCGAUGCCCAUGCCCAUAACACUCAUCCUCAAAGUGCCAAAGUCAUGUACAUAUCGCCUCCCGCACCCGCACCUGCUCCCACACCUGCAUCCGAAUCCGCACCCGCAGUUGAGGCAAUAGCCUCGUCCAUUGCUAAACCCACUGAUAUUGUAGGUGACCAUGUGGACGCCGCUGCUGGUCCGGAUAUCAGCUAUCUGCUCGGGCCGCCCAACAACUUGGAGUCCUCGAAAACGCUCAGCUCCUCAGCACCCGGGGCCAUUUCCAAUCCGGAUGAGUGCCACCCAUUGAAUGCGGCUCUGAGGUCUGAAGACGCUAAUGGAGGGGAUGGAGUUGAUGCCGGAAGUGGGGAGAACUCGGAGAGCUUGCAGCACAUGGAGCCGGCAGGCGACGGGGAGCUGGAGACGGAGACAGAUCCCAAUAGGCUCAAGCAGCGACACUCGCUGGACUCUGCCAUGGACGAGAACUGCCGCUCCUUGAGCACCCUCACCGAGAGUACCGAUCAGAGCGCACCCAUCAACUUUGACAUGUCGAAUCGAGCCAAGUUGCCGCGCGGCAUUGAGAACAUCCGGCCCCAUCUGGAGCAGGUGGACAAUGUACCGCUGCAGGUGUCGCUCUUUACGGACUGCUCUGCGGAGGCGACGCGCCAAAUGCUCGACAUCAUGCAGUCCUACGGCGAAAUUGUGGUCUGCUUGGGCAGCUCGGCUAGCAACGCAAAUGCCGAUAUCUUCCUGCAGGCGGACUGCAGCAUUGCUGUGGAGCCUCUAUAUCCGCAGGUCUGUCAAGACGUCGACGCCUACACGGAGGCUAAUAUCCAGCACAACAAGUGGCUCUGGCAGCGCCAGGCAGACAAGGGCAAGGCGUCGGCGUCCGACGAUGAGCAGCUUCUGGAGUGCGGUCUGCACGGCGCCGGGGCACGUGCCAUGCAGUCACCGGCUCACACCGUUUCCCCUCUGUAUCUAAGCCGACUGCUCAACUCCCUUCCCUGCUCCAUAGCCAUCUGUCGCGACGACCCACUUUCGUUGGUGGCCAUAAUUGAGCUAUCACGCCGCUUCUCACUGGGCCUGUGGAACUGCAUACAGUACUGGGCCUGCUGUGCGGGCACCAUAUCCAUUAUGAAUGUGCUGUGCGCGUGCCUCUCGCUGCCGCCGAUUCUCACGCCCCUGCUGGCCAUCUAUCUAAUGUCUGUGCCCGUGCCGUUGAUUGCCAUCUCGCUGGCCCAUAUCGAUGUGGAUCCCAAGAUUAUGAAUCGGGCGACCAGCAAGAAGCAGACCGACUAUGAUUCUCGUGCUUUUGCAUUUGUAAUGUGGUGCUAUGGCUGCAAAUUCCUCGUUCCCAUUAUAUCUCUGCUCGUUACCUACUGGAUGUGCAUAUCACAGUCUAGCCUCAGUCCCCUAUUCAGUGCAGAAGAGCAGAUUCAGGUUGGGAGCGAGUUCGAUGAUGAGAAUUUCUAUCAAUUUCUCCACUUGGCCCGCAGCUGUGCCUUGCUGGCCAUACUCCUACACUUUGCCUGCAUAUCCAUUACAUUUGUGCAUCGGGAUCAUGCGAUCUGGCAGCGAAAUCCGUUUACCAAUCGCAUUUGGGCCAUCACCUGUCUGGGGCUGGUCAUGUUCCAUUUUGGCAUCCUAGCUAUACAACUGGCCGUGGAUGACUUCCUACAGAAACAACUGCCAAACCUCUGGAUGACCAUUCUGAUCCUAUAUGGGAGUAGCCUGCUCAGCUGGAUUGUCAGCGAGCUGGCCAAGUUCCAGGAGAACAAGGUCAAUGCGCGCUAUCAGCGCCGUGCGCGACUCGAUUUCGGCACAAAAUUGGGCAUGAAUUCGCCCUUCUAGGCAGUGGCGCCGGCGUUACGUAUGUACCUAGGGCCAAGGCUGUAUAUACAUAACCACCACAUUGGACACGCUUUUCUUGAUUACUUAAUGCUACAAACUAACCUUUAGGAUACUUCAUUUCGUGUCUGUUGUGCAGCAGCAGCAUUUGUUUGAUUCGUUUUUAGCUGCGGCCUCGUACUUUUACCCAUUUUUACCGAAUAGCCUUCCACACGAUUGUGUUUAUUUUAGUUCUGUGACACCCCCCAUCGAAACGCAUUUUAUGUUCUUGUUUCUAAAACGGUUUGUUUCGUGUUCCUCUCUGUACUAACAUUUAAAAAGACUUGCAAUUACUGUAUGAAAUAUAUAUGUAUAUGUAUGUAUAUCUCUUAAAAAUGAAAACCCAAUCUUUAAACAAGUAAAA